CUCCGGCUCCUGAUCGAAGAUUACCCAUAUGCGGUAGAUGGGCUCGCCAUUUGGUCAGCGAUCGAGACUUGGGUUCGCGUGUACUGUGCCAUCUACUACCACGACGACUCAACCGUGCAGUGCAAUGAGGAGCUGCAGGCUUGGUGGAAGGUGUGUGAGGUCGGCCAUGGCGACAAGAAAGAUGAACCAUGGUGGCCUGAGAUGAGGAGCGUGCCGGAGCUAGUCAAGUCGCACGCCACCAUCAUAUGGGUGUCUUCUGCCAUGCACGCCGCAGUAAACUUCGGCCAGUACACUUACGCCGGCUACGUCCCAAACAGGCCAACAAUGAGCCGCCAGUUCAUGCCGGAGGUUGGCUCGGCUGACUAUGGCGAGCUUCAGAAGAACCCAGAGAAGGUUUUC